UUUAUCUUUGACAGUGUUGUGUAAACUAAGAUGUUUAAUUUAAUGAUGUCUCUUAAUAUUAAACUCCUUAAUUACGGCAACUUUUAGACUCUUUGGCUCGUUUUUCUGCGUUAGAAAUGCGCACUCUCUCCGCUUUUAGACUCUUUUACCCCGUUUUUCUGCGCUAGAAAUGCGCACUCUCUCCGCUUUUAGACUCUUUGGCCCGUUUUUCUGCGCUAGAAAUGCGCACUCUCUCCGCUUUUAGACUCUUUUACCCCGUUUUUCUGCGUUAGAAAUGCGCACUCUCUCCGCUUUUAGACUCUUUGGCCCGUUUUUCUGCGUUAGAAAUGCGCACUCUCUCCGCUUUUAGACUCUUUUACCCCGUUUUUCUGCGUUAGAAAUGCGCACUCUCUCCGCUUUUAGACUCUUUUACCCCGUUUUUCUGCGCUAGAAAUGCGCACUCUCUCCGCUUUUAGAGUCUUUUACCCCGUUCAAACUUUGAAUCUCACAUUAUAAAAACCUGCUUAACAGCGGGCCAACUUUCUUUCUAUUUCUAAAAUACCUCGCGGGCCGCUCCAAAAAAGGAAACGGGCCGUAAACGGCCCGCGGGCCGUAGUUUGGACUCCCCUGCUUUAUAGCAUCUACCAAAGCCAGCCUGGGAAUAUACAGCACAGCAUGUGGCUUCCCAGAAGAGGCAGCUUACAGCCAGUUAAACUUGUUACCAAGUCGUGUCCAGCUACAUCUAAGCCAUGCCCACGCGAGUGUGAACCCGGAUACAUCCUGAAGGGGUGUGAAUGUAAAGGGUGUGGUGAGGAAGAGUACUGGUAUAAGAGGAGUGGAGUGGGCACGUGCGACAGGUGCACGCCCUCGUGUUCUGCCAAGGAAAACAAGGUGGAAGUAUCUCCCUGCUCUAAGUUGAAAAAGCGCAUAUGCCACUGCAAGCCAGGGUUCUUCUGCCCAAAACCAUUGGUAAUUACCUGCAGGAAACCAUGCGAGCCUUGCAGAGCCGGCACCUUCACCAACAAAACAUCUCUGGCAAAAUUCUGUCAUAAUCACUCUAAAUGCAAAGAUCCAAAGAUGGUGGUGAUUGCAGAAGGUUCGGCCACUCAGGACCGAAUUUGUGCAUAUCCCACCACUACCUCCAAACCAACAACCACCUCCAAACCCAUAACCACCUUCAUACCAACAACCAACUCCAUACUUGCAACUUCCUCGAUACCCUCAACCAAUUCCAUACCCUCAACCAGCUCCAUACCCUCAACCAGCUCCAUACCAAUGACCAGCUCCAUACCAAUGACCAACUCCAUACCCUCAACCAACUCCAUACCCUCAACUAGCUCCAUACCCUCAACUAGCUCCAUACCAAUGACCAACUCCAUACCCUCAACCAACUCCAUACCCUCAACCAACUCCAUACCCUCAACUAGCUCCAUACCCUCAACUAGCUCCAUACCAAUGACCAACUCCAUACCCUCAACUAGCUCCAUACCAAUGGCCACCUCCAUACCUCUAACCACCUCUACACCCAUUACUGCCCCCUCUACCACCAUACCCACAUCUACGUCUCCUGAAGUACCGUCCUCCAUGACCCCUCUCCACUCUUCCCCCGGCCACCCCAAGCUCACCAGCAAACAGCAGCAACAGCAUUUUGAGAGCCCAGCUCCACACCGGACCACACAUCAUGCACGUUCAAUAGAGGGCCCUGGUUCACCAUCUCAGUCACCCAGCUGGAUGUUUUUGCUUCUGGUGGCCGUGUUCCUCUUGCUGGUGUUGACGUGUCUCUCCAGAAGGUGCAGAGGCAAAAGCCUGAAGGACAAACUGGACUGGCCAGGUCUCACAUUCUGGAAAUAUCUGCAGCAUUUGCAGAAGCCUCCAGCCCCCUGCAGCACACCUCAGGGCAGUGACAUUAGGAACAGUGCUGCAAGGCCAAGGUUGAGCCCUGUGGGAAAUCAGCAGGUCACUAUGGAUCACAACGGCAAGGGAGAGAACAUCAGCAAUACUGUGGGUUCAAUUUUCAUCUACUCUCCAGGGAUGGUGGUGCUGGGCUCCAACUCGAAGGAGAGAAAGGAGGAGGCGGAGGAGAUCAGUGAGGAGAUGCCCCUCAUGAGUGUCCCGCAGCAGGAGUCCAAUUUGCACCCCCAGGAAGACUCGGUGGGGGUGGGAAUGCAGGAGGAAUUUGGCAAGGAGCUGAGUUUUCCUGUACCCGCCACCAGCAAGUGAAACUGCUCGAUUUCCAACACUGGUUCCAAGGAACGGUGCGAGUCACGACGGGCGCCGGCUGUCUUAAGGAAGUAUUUAUUGGCUCAAGACAAUGUGGAAAGCCCUUUGGAUUGCCAGAGGACCAAGACCAAGCAAUGGAAAUAUGCUGGAAAGUAGCCGGAAAAUAAGUGUUGUCUGCUUGUACAACACACAAAUCCAUACAACACAACACUGUUGAUGGGAGUGAGCACUGGAUUUGAGAAAAUGUACUUAAAUGACUUUGAUUCAAAUGUGAAAAUCCACAUGAAAUUUUUACUGUCUACUAUGUGUCCAAAAGGAUCUAGUAAGUUAAGUACUUUAAGGUACAACCAUUUCUAAGGAAUACCGCUGACACAAAGUGGAAUAAACCAAGUGCCAAGCUUCCAGCAUCAUCUAGAGGAGGGAAGGUAUAAGUCCUCCCACCGGUACUGAGCUGUAGAACAAUGGAACUGGGAACACUGGAGUAUUCAUUUGAACUGGACAUUCAUUUUUAGUAUCUUUGGGAUGAGAUGUGCAGGAGGAACUUAUGAUCUAACAUAACCUCACUCAAGCCUUCUCAGAAGACUGAAAAUGCACCUGGAUUUCAGAAAAAGAAGCUGGUGUUUAGAGAUAUAGUGAAUUUGUAAAAAUAGGCCUGUCACGAUAAUUACGUUAUCAUCUUAGUGUAUAAUGAAUAGACACGACUGCCCAUUGUGUUUACUUUGUGCAUGUAUUUUAGUAUUUUAAAGACGUUUGUCAGAGGCAAGGACGAGUGACCAAUGCAUCAAUAAUUGGCAUCAUCAGGGCUUUAUUCCGGAGAUGGCUGGUUCGAACCCUGGUCAUGCAGCUUGCCAUGAGCUGCAGAAGUCUGAGAGAGAGAGAGCACAAUUGGCCUUGCUCUCUCUCUGUGUGGGUGGAUGGUUCUCUUUCCACUCAUCACUCCAAAGGGUGAUGUUGAUCAGAACAAGGCUGCAUCUGUGAGCUGGUGUAUCGGAACUGAGUUGCUGCGUUUUCCGAGCUGCGUUUUCCGAGCGUGCUGUGAUGCUAUAUGCAGGGUUAGGUUAUAAAAACAUGUCCCAAGCUUUAAGUAUCCCACAAAGCACUGUUUAAUUGAUCAUCCAUAAAUGGAAAAUGUGUUCUCAACUGCAAACUUACCAAGACAUGGCUAUUCAUCCAAACUGAGAGAUCAUGCAGGGAGAGCACUAGUCAGAGAAGCAGCCAAGAGGCCCAUGGUCACUCUGGAGGAGCUGCAGAGAUAUACAGCUCAGGUGGUUUUGUGGUCGUAAGGUGAUAAAAUGUGAAAAAGUUCAAGGGGUAUGAACACUUUUGCAAGCCACUGUAUGCGAUAUCGUAGGCAGCAAGGCAUCAUGGCAGCUUUAUUGUACAGACAGUGUAUUUAAGCAUAUCAAAGAUCUUAUCAGUAUUUAAAAAAUAAUACUGACCCAAAUGUACCUUUCAUUAGAGGAUGUGCAUGGAAAAACUGAUUAAAAAUCCCAGCGCUAUGAAUGAUAGAGCAUUUAAAAAUAUAUAUUUUUAGGAAGCAUUUUAUUUGCAUGUUAAAACAUUGCAAUAAAGAUAGUGUAUUAUGAAAAUGUCUUUAAAUAUUGUGAAAGUAUAUAUAUACAUAUACAUAUGUAUAUGUAUAUAUAUAUAUAUAUUUACCAUAUUGCCAAGCUGUACACGUAAGACUCAAAAAACGCAGUCCAUUUUAAACAAUUAAAUUUAUGGGCAGAGCCCAUUAAUGUGAUUAAGCCAUUAUAUUUAACCUAUAUUUUUUAUGUUUAGAAUCAGUAUUUUUUUAUUAUUUAUUUUGGAUAUUUAAACAUUUUUAUAUUUUUCCAAUUCCACUCUAUAAAUAUUCUUGUAUUCUUCUAUUUUUAAAAGUGUAUUGCUUUUUUAAAGAGUGUAUUUGCAUUAAUAUGCUUAAUCAGUGUCAUUAUAUCAGUGUCAUAAUAUGACUGAAUGUCUUAAAAAAAAAAAAUUAUUGUCCGAAAAUGUGGUUAUCGUGGCAGGCCUACAGUAGUGAAUAUAAAGCAACGACAAAAUAAUCUUAAAGAGAAAACUAAUCUGAAAGAUGGAAAUAGGUUGAUGAAAUGUUAAAAUCCGUAGUCAUGUGGAAAUUAUUUACAUUUGAAUACCUUUAUUUAUUUUUUUCUUUCUUUCCUGUGUGCCAGAAGCUCUGGUGGGCAGAGUAUUGUUGUGUGUUCAGUAGAUAUCUAUCUAGGCUCAGGGGUUUCAGAGGUGGGUUUUUUAUGUUUUGUGUUCUUUAUGUGGGCGGGGGUAAAGGUGUGAAAACUCCCUGCCUGGCUGCUGAAGACUGUACACUCAAAAACGAUGA